AUGGGCGAGUCGGAUCCAAUUCCCCAGAGCCGAAAGGCCACAGUUGACGAUGACACCGGUCAGGGCGAUCGCCUCAACGUAGUUUAUAGCUCUACAACAGUCACCAAAGGUGGAGGCCGCGGAAUUAUCCUAGCAACUAGCAUGUACACAGGAAUCGGGCACAUUGCUAUUACCAAGACAACCGGCACCAAGAAUAUGCUUGAGAUACAUGUCAUUUUUGGUAAUCUAUCCAGUUUGGAGGCUUUGGGUGGAGUGAGAAACAUCUGCUCUGACAAAACCGGGCAAUCACUCAAGACCGAAUGA